CUUUCUAUCGCUCCCUGUUUCGCUUCUUCUGUCUUAUGUUUCUGACGUGAAGGUGUGGGCUUCCAAUCAGUGAUCGAAAAAGGAUGCAGACCAUCCAGACUAUAGAGACACAUUUUCCCCUGUUGCGAGAGAUCUGCCACCCUUCUCCUUUUGUCAGUCAGGAGAGAGACAGGAGAAAGAGCAGCCUUACAAGCCUCAUCAGAAAACAAAAACAACAACAGAAAGGGUCUGAUUCAAAGCCUCAGUCAUGUGUGGCUUUCCCAGGUCAAACGGAACGUCCCCGGUUUUGCCGGUCAUCCAGCAUCCCGGGAUGUGAAUCACCAAAUCAAGCCUAUGGCAAAGUGAGAGAAAGGAAUCAAGAAAGAGAGAGAAAAAAUGCAAAAGAGAUGGAUGAAGAGCCACCCCCCUUCGUGUCUUCCAUCGUAGCGUCACAGGUUACAUCAUCGCAACAGCUGCUCCCAGCCACAGAGGGAGAGCUUCAGGGAUUACAGUGUGAGGGACCGAGAAAGCCAAAGAGUGCAGAGCAAAAAUGGGAGGGAGAGACUGAGCAGCAGAGGCAGAAAGAGCAGGAGUGUCACCCAGAGAACAGUUGCUCUCGGCAUGGCCUAAUCGCUAAAGGGGUUCACUUGCUGAGGAACAUGGGAAAUCAGGAAGCCAAGCAGAAGGUGGCAGUUGCAUCCAGGGCAGAGUGCAUAACAGACAGGCAUGGAUUUGAUUACAAAGAUGAAAAUGGCUCCAGAAAGAUAAAGAAGUCUAAGGAAAAAGUCCGGAAAUCAUCUGCUGAUUUGACUGGGAAGAAAUCCAAUACCAAGAGCUCCAAGAGUUCUGUCUUUUCCAACAUCCACAUCCUGAAGGGUGUGUCCCAUAAGGCAGCAUCCAGAAAUGAUGUGGGGAUUCAAGGGAAUAAGUGUGGAAGUGGUGGUGAUCAUGGGACCAUUUCAAAGGAGGAUCUAGAAGGCCUUGUACCUGACAGUGAUUCAGAAAAGAGCAGGCAGAUUCCAGGAAGUUGGCAGUCAUCUGUGGAUAUAGAUGUGGAAGACAGCAAGCGGGAGACCAGUAGGUCUGGGUCUGAAAGUGAUCUCUGCAGCUUCCAUUCAGCCUCUGAGAAUCAAGAUAUUUGGAUGGACAUCCAGAGGACCAUUGGAGUGCAGCAGUGGGGCAAUGGAGCAGAGGGACAAAGAUGGACAGAAGCAGGGAAACCUGAGCUCAUCCAGGAUCUGGAGAUUAGCAUAAAGAGUAAAGCUGAACCUCACGAAGACGAGACUAUUGGAGCAUCUUUGCCUUUAGCUGCAGAAGCAGAUGUACCAUAUAUGCCUCCUUCUUCCUUUCCUAAUUUUAGUGAUGGAAAAAUUGAAACUGUAACUACAUCCUCGGAAAACAGACCAAGAAGCCAAAGUGUGCAGAGUUCAGGUGGCACAAAACUAUUGCAUAACCAUAUAGUGGCACCUGUCUCCAAAACAGGAAAUGGUUUCCACAUUCAGAAUACGAUGAUGACUAUUACAAAAACAGAAAGCAACCAAAGCAUUCAGGCAAAUUUAAGCAAAGGAACCAGUAGCUUGAGCAUCCAGGAUACCUCAACAGCCAGCAUGUCCUAUGGAAGUGCAGAAGAGCAUUUGGAAGAAAGUUCAUCUCUCUCAUCCCCAAUUGAGGAUGGCCUCCAGGGAAACAGCAGCCUAACUCAGAAUUUAAAUGUCAGCCCUGGCUUUACUGAGCUGCUUACUGACCUUAGAUUUGACCCAAGAACAAAAGUCAGGCAGGUAACUUUCAUACCACAGAAGAGUGUCAGCACUGUGGAUCUCAUUAUGGCACCUGGUGAGGAACAUGCCAUGAUGGAGGAGACUAGGCCAAGCAGUACUGGCCAGAAACGGAGGAAAAGUACUGGCACUUCUCUUACCCCCUGGUUGUCAGAGAGCAUUGUGGAUCCAGGCUUACAAUCAUAUGGAACCUCAAGUCCUGGGAUCAAACCGUACCCUACCAUUCAGCUGUCUUAUGUGAAGACCACUACGAGGCAGUUGUCUUAUCCUCUACACUCAUCCUAUGGCACUCCUGCCCAAAGCUCUGUGUAUCCACGCAAACUUAGCCAAGACCUUAGCUUGAGUCAGGGGUCACUCAGAGCUGAGCGGUGGAGGACACACAGACAGCGCUCCUGUAGCAUUGCUAGCCCAACAGUUUUUGAUGGUAGCUGGUAUCAGGCUUCAGACAGGGGUCAUGAGCUUUUGCAAAGAGAAUUCCACACUUUCAGAAAUCAGCAAUCAUCUUCCUGUUUUCCAGCAUCUGCCAGAACCACAUUUCAAGAUGUAUUCUUAGGUCGCUCUCUGUUAGAAAGGUGCUCUGCUGCUGAUACUGAUGGUGAAGAAGCUGAGAAGUUUUGUUCACGGUUUCUGGCUUUGGGAAUUCUUCAGCCCUUCAAUGACUGCCUCAGAAAGCCAAUCACAGGAAGUGAUGCAGUCGAGAAGCCUGGUUUUAAUAAGGAUCAGUGGUACACAUGGGCUCCACUGGGUCAGCCUGAAGCACGAGCUCCAGGGCGAUUACAAACCUUCUGGCCUCCGGCUUCUAGUUCAGUUCAGAACAAGUCCACUAUUCUGGAUCGGAAUUCUGUACCAAUUGAUGAGCUGGAGAGAACCAUCAAGGAAUUAAGGGAGAAGAUACGAUAUCUGGAGCAAGACAGCAGACCUCUGAACACCUCUGAGGAAAUAUUGACAGGAACAGUGGCAGAUGGUGUUAAACUUGGUCAUGCAUUUCUGAAAAUCAAUGAACGAACCAAUUUUGAGGAAAGGUCUGUCCAAACCUCUCCCAUAGAGGAGGACUUCAAGUUCACAGUGCCCUUAUGCAACAAGUCAGGAGUUCGUGAUUUGACUGACAGUACUACCUCAUCAGCAGAACAGCUACAUGAAUUCCAAAGACUACAACAGAAGGCUACAAAACAAACCCUUUCACCUCCUCCACCUCCUAUUCUGACUGGUCCAGUUGCAUCCUCAGCUACUCUUCUGCUGCCCUCAACUUUGGGACCAACCGAGUCAGGAGUACAACUUCCUCCUUCACAUCCACCACCUCCUAGUCCCCUGACUACGUCUAUUCAAACUCUGGUGAAGGCCCCACCUCCUCAUCCACAUCCACUACCUUCUUCAAGCAUUGGACCCCCACCACCACCCCUGGUGCCACCACCUUAUUCCAGCUUUGGACCACCACCUCCUCCUCCUCUUCCAGGUUUUAGACCUCCAACACCACCUCCACCACCUUUUCCAGGCAUUGGACCCCCACCUCCACCACCUUUUCCAGGCGUUGGACCCCCACCUCCACCACCUUUUCCAGGCGUUGGACCCCCACCUCCACCACCCCUUCCAGGCGUUGGACCCCCACCUCCACCACCCCUUCCAGGCGUUGGACCCCCACCUCCACCACCCCUUCCAGGCGUUGGACCCCCACCUCCACCACCCCUUCCAGGUGUUGGACCCCCACCUCCACCACCCCUUCCAGGCGUUGGACCUCCACCUCCACCACCCCUUCCAGGCGUUGGACCUCCACCUCCACCACCCCUUCCAGGCGUUGGACCUCCACCUCCACCACCUCCUCCUGGCUGUGGACCUCCACCUCCACCACCUCCUCCUGGCUGUGGACCUGUUCCUCCACCAUCCCUCAGGUUGAUGUCAUUGGGUUCCUCUCAAAACUCUGCCCCUUUGAAGGCAGUCAUAGAGCCUCCACGACCCAUGAAGCCUUUAUACUGGACCAGAAUUCAGCUGCAUGCCAAAAAAGAGCCAAACACACACCUGGUAUGGGAGAAGGUGGAGGAGCCACAUGUUGACUUUGAAGAGUUUGUUGAGCUUUUCUCCAAAAGUGCAAUGAAAGAGAAGAAGAAGCCAAUCUCUGAUACCAUCUCCAAAUCCAAGACUAAACAGGUGGUGAAGGUUUUGAGUAAUAAGCGCUCCCAGGCUGUAGGGAUCCUGAUGUCCAGUCUGCAUCUGGACAUGAAGGACAUUCAACAUGCCAUCUUGAACAUGGACAACACUGUGGUGGACCUGGAGACCCUUCAGGUGCUGUAUGAAAAUAGAGCGCAGAGAGAGGAAAUGGAUAAGAUCAAGAGGCACAUUAAGUCUAGUAUGGAGAAGGAGAACAGCAAACCGCUAGACAAGCCUGAACAGUUCCUGCUGCAGCUUUCAGAGAUUCCUCAGUUCUCUGAGCGAGUUUUCUGCAUCCUGGUUCAGUCCACGUUCACCGAGAGCAUCAGCUCUGUACAGAGGAAGAUCAGUCUGCUGCAGUGUGUGUGCACGGCUCUGAGAUGGAGUAAAGGUGUGUUGCAGGUUCUCGGUCUGGUUCUCGCAUUUGGGAACUUCAUGAACGGAGGGAACAGGAGUCGGGGACAAGCAGACGGCUUCACCCUUGACGUCCUGCCCAAGCUCAAAGACGUGAAGAGCAGUGAUAACUCCCAGAGUCUCCUGUCCUUCAUCAUUGCUUACUAUCUGCGACACUUUGAUGAGGAGGCAGGCCAAGACACGUGUGUGUACCCUUUGCCAGAGCCACAGGACCUUUUCCAGGCGUCACAGAUGAAGUUUGAAGAUUUCCGGCGUGACCUCGGCAAACUACGCAAAGAUCUAAAUGCUUGUUUAUCCGAGAUGGAGAAAGUGUGUGUUAUGUCUUCAGAUGAACAUCGACAGCCCUUUAAGGACAAAAUGGAGGAGUUCCUUUCUCAGGCCAGGACCGAGCUGGAGGCUCAGGACAAACAGCUCACUGAAACACAGCAAAGCUUCCUGGACCUGAGUGCGUUUUUCUCAGUGAAACCUAAAGGAGAGGAGAAGGAGGUGUCCCCAAACACGUUCUUCUCUGUCUGGCACGAGUUCUCCUCCGACUUUAAAGACCUGUGGAAAAGAGAGAACAAACUUCUGCUGAAGGAACGGUUAAAGUUAGCUGAAGAGACGAUCAGACAGACGCGAGAGAAAGCAGCCUACAGUGUUAAACCCAAACAUGCCUCCGGAAUGAAAGCCAAACUGGGGCAGAAGAUCUGAGGAUUUGCGGUGCUGUUGAACAUUUUCUGUCCUCUUACACUUCUGAUUAAACGCAUACCGAGCGAGAUCGUUAGCAGUUGAGCUGAAUCAGCAAUCAAACCAAACUGAAAUGAGAAACACUGACCUGUGAUGCAAAUGACAAUCAGAGUGGAGACAUUUUACAGUGGAUAUAAAAAAUGUACACACCCCUUUAAAAUGAUCGUUUUUUCUGAUUUAAAAAAAAAUGA